UUUUCCCAGAAUAUGAAGAAGUGAGUUAGAAGAAUUGAAGACCAACAUGCAGCGUGCUCCAAGAUUGCGACCUCAGGUUCGCCUGGACACCAAGUGGCUGAAGACAGACAUACAGGCUGCCUUUUCUCAUGAUGGGCUGAGUCAGUUGUGGAAUGAGUUGGUCAAAGACAGGGAAAUAGUUAGUGAUGUCAGUGAUGGGAUUCUGAACAGUGCUGGGCUAUUGGCCAAGAAAGGUGAAACCGGCAGGUAUUACUGUGGCGCCAAGGUGUUGUCAUGUGCCUGCUGCGAUAGUCACUGUGGUCCAAACAAUGGCUGCAACUGUCCAGCCUGCCAGAAACUUGACCAAGAGGAGAAAGAAAGAAAAGAAGAAGAGGCAAAGAUGCCGAAACCAUCCCACUCCAUUAUAGAUUCCUGGACUUGGGGCCAGCAACCAGACUCGAAUCAGUUGAAUGCUUGCCUUCACUCCCUUCUUCAUGAGCACCAUCAACUGGUGAGUGAUGCCGCGGGCACCACUCUGUCCGCCAUGAGACUCAAACAGAGGUUGGUGGUGCUGGAAAGAUAUUUCACAGCCUUGUCUCGCCACAGUCCCUCUGAGGGCAAAUCUCCAACAAGAAAAAAGCAGACAAUUCAAACCAACAUGGACAAAAAGAAAAGCUCUCAGAAACCUGUGGAGAAAGCCACUAUGGGUUUAGCAAGGGUGGGCUCCAGAGCUGCCCUCAGUUUCGCUUUCGCAUUCCUACGCCGCGCUUGGAGGUCUGGAGAAGACGCAGAUUUGUGUAGCGAACUUCUCCAAGAAUCUCUGGAUGCUCUCAGAGCAUUGCCAGAAGCUACUCUGUUUGAUGAGAGCACAGUGUCACCAGUUUGGAUGGAGGUGGUGGAAAGAGCAUCCAAAUUUCUGCGCUCUGUUGUAGCAGGUGACCUCAAUGGAGCCGCCACAGCCAAAGGGUCAGGCAAGGUCCCCAUCCAGGACCAGCAGAUAGCACUGGCUUUACUGUUAGAGCUGGCUGUCCAGCGCGGCUCUCUCAGCCACCUGCUCGGUGCAGUCCACUUGCUGCUCAACCUGUGGAACAACAGCAAGUAUGACCAUGACAACAGGAGCUGUGGACUCAGUAGUGCCCCUCUUGUCCCUCUGUUGAAGAGGUUCAAUGAGAUUCAGUCUCAAAAGUCCCACUCUGCAUGGGACCAUGGGAAAAUGGAUGAGGUAUGGAAGAGUUUCUUCAGUCCCACGGAGUGUUUUCUCCGAUACCUCUCCAUUCCAGAGGAUGAAGAUAUGCUGCUGGACCUCAGACAGUGUGCUGUGGUCAUUGUGUCACAUCUUGACCGCCUCUCUGGACCUUACAACCCUCCACAAGAAAGCCACAAGUCUAACAGCAGCAGAGUAACCCAGGAGGUACUGGGGUGGGGCUGGCUAGCAUGGACGGUGGGCACUAGCAAAACUGGCCCUCAGCUUGUCCAAGCUCUCAGCGACCUGGGGGGUAUCCAGCAGAUAGUUUGUGGAGAGAGGGCGCUGUUGGCACUGACCAAGACAGGCAAGGUGUUCAGUUUGUACUAUACCUCCGAGGCACAGAAUGUACAGGCUGUGGAAGGGUUUGGUGAUAAAGAUAUCGUGAAGGUUGUGGCCCACCCUGACGGCAAGCAUUUUAUGGCUCUGUCCAGUGAUGGGGAUGUUUUCGCCUGGGGAAAUGGAGAUGGGGGAAGACUAGGCCUAGGAGAUAACAAAUCUAAGCUCUCCUGUUAUAGUGAGGGGUUACAAUUGGGGACUCCUUUCAUCUUUGGGAAUGAUGGUUCUGUGUUCUCCUGGGGUGAUGGGGACUAUGGCAAGCUGGGCAGAGGUGGCAGUGAGGGCUGCAAGAGCCCCAAGCUGGUGGAGAAACUGCAGGGUCUGGACAUAGUACGGGUGUACUGUGGAGCACAGUGUAGUCUGGCUCUGUCUAAGGCAGGAGCUGUCUACUCAUGGGGUAAAGGAGAUAAUUACAGACUCGGCCAUGGCACAGAGGAGCAUGUACGCCACCCAAAACAACUGGAGGCCAUGUCUGGUAAGAAGGUAGUGGACAUUGCCGUAGGUCCAACACACUGCCUGGCCCUUACAGAGGACGGGGACGUGUACAGCUGGGGGAGAAAUGACCAGUCCCAACAGGGAGAUGGACACAGUAGCACCAAGACUGACCCCGGUGUGGUGACCCACCUGCAGGGGAAACAUAUCAUAGGGGUGGCUUGUGGACCCGGACAGAGUUUUGCCUGGUCAUCCAGCAUGCAGUGGUCAGUGGGGGCCAGAGUGCCAUUUGUGGUGGACCUGUGUAAGUCCACCUUUGAGCAGCUGGACAGACUACUGGACAGUGUGUGUGAGGGGAUGGACGGCCGAAGUGACUGGCCGCCGCCACAAGAGAAAGAAUGUAUGGCAGUCGGGGCGCUGAAUCUUCUGAGUCUGCAGCUGUAUGCAGCAAUAUAUCAAGAGGAAGAUGCUGAGAACCUGGGGCUAAACCCUGGUAGCAGACUUAUCACUAGUCUCAAGCAGAGAAUUAUUGCCCUGGCAACCAAUAGUGGUGUCAUAGCAACGGUGCAGUCUGCAGCACAGUCAGCCCUGCAGAAUGGUUGGUCAUUAUUACUGCCAACUGCAGAAGAGAGGGCUAGGACAUUGAGCACACUCUUGCCCACAGGAGGAUCCAGAGACAUGGCAGUAUUAAGUCCUGGUCAGCGAUUCAUGACAGAUCUAUUGGUCAGCAGCCUAAUGGCCGAUGGUGGACUAGAGAUGGCCCUCAGGACAGCCAUUAAGAAGGAGAAAGAGGGGAUCGAGGAGAAAACAGAAAAGGACACAGAAAAAGAACCAGACGACAUGGACAAAAUUGGACAGGCAACCAACAUGUUAAAGUCAGAAGAAGCUCUUCUAGAGGAGGAGGCACAGAAGUGCCAAGAUAUCCAAGUAGAUGGCGAUUCAUCCAUACCUUUGCUACAAUUAGUGCAGCAGCUUUUGAGAAAUGCCUCUACUCAGAUGCUUUCGAGACUGAAUGAGCUGUCUCAGGACCCUCAGGUGAAAACAGAAGCUUUGGACCUUUCAGACAACAUUGCUUCCAUCAACUUACUGCUCCAGUUUCAAAGACUGCUCAUGGCAAAGAUUUUCCCGAGGGAGGAGUUCAAAGAGAAGAAGGGGUCAAUGGAGAUAGAUGCAGAGCUGCUUGGUGCUGGGUCACUACUGAGGAAAUAUGUUCAUCUCUUGGUGGCUCAUGUUGCAGACAUUCUCCCUCUGGCGGCAAGUUUGGCAGGAUAUUCUAGCAAAUAUUUUUCAUUGGUUGCCAAGGUGAUAAGUGCUGAUGUCACAGGUGUGCUUUUGCCAGAGCUAAUCACCAGUGCAGUGUUACUCCAGACAAUCUCCCCAGCAGUGAUCAAGGCUUCAGGUUGUAUCCCACUGCUAGAGGCACUCCUGCCCAUACUAGACAAAUUUAACAGGCUGGCUCCUGGUUUAGAGAAAGAUGACAAGGAGGAUAUGGCAUGGCCUGGAAUAAUGGCCACUUCUGUGGAAAAACAGAUACAGCACCACCUAGAGGAUGUUCCUGUAGUUAGAAAAUCUGAUUUAGAAAACCACAAUAAAGAUGGCGGCCUGUGGAUUGUGAUCCAUGGCAAAGUCUAUGAUGUCCAGGACUUUAAGGCUCAGGCACAGUGUGGAGAGGAGAUUCUGAUGCAGUAUGCAGAAUCUGCUCGUGAAAUGAUGGAAACCUUUUUUGUGGGACAGUAUAUAGAUCCUGAACAUGAUCUCAUCCAAUCAACACCCAGCAAUGCAGUUUCUUCUCCCCUGAUGGACACAGAGAGGACACUGGGACUUUUACUUGGACUCCAUGCGUCAAGUCUGGCGCGAGGCACUCGCCUGUCUGCACAAGAGGAGGAGAGUAAGCAGUGGCUGGAGUCGGAGUUUUUUGCUGGAGGAUUACAGGUGCUGCAGCCACAGAAUCCAUUUGAUGAGGAGAAGGGAGAAAGUAGGACACCCAGUUCCUGCACCACUACUCCUGGCCACACCCCAACAUCAGAACAGAAACAGCUCCAUGCUUCCCUCAAUGAAAAACAGCAGCUAUUAGAGCACCAGGAUUCCCUGGCUGAUGCAUCGAAGCCCUUUCUGCAGGCAUUGGCUGAUGGAGGUCUACAGGAGCACACUGUCCAGUCCUUCAUGGGUUAUGUUAGUCGCUAUGCCAAGCACCACCAUCUUGUCAUGCCCAUUGAGUUUCCCAAUGAUCAUCCUGUGGAGGAAGUUGCCAGACGUUUGAUGGCAGUGCUGUUAAAGCAUCAUGACCUAGGGCAUGUGGCCCUGGGGCUGGUAGAACAUGGGCUGAGUGAGUCUGGGAACAAGUUUGGACUCCCAAGGUCCAUAGCCGAGGUCUGCAAAACUGUGUUUCAAGUCAAAAGAUCUCUCAUCAAGAUUCAUCAAGAUCUCAGUCGUUCAUACAAGGAGGUGUGUGCACCUGUGAUCGAGCGCUGCAUGUUCCUGUUCAAUGAGCUGCGUCCUGCCAUGGGGAACGAGGUUCACACGAUGGAGAAAUCCAAGAUGCUGAAAAGUAAACCACGUUGGGUGGAGGUGACCAAGAGGAUGAUUGCGGAAAAGAGGAAAGUGAAAUUGGCCAGUCCGCCCUCUCCCCCACAGCCACAGGCCUCAGGAAGUGCGGACAACUCCAGUCCAGUUCAUCCUGAGGACGUCACGCUGGUCAUCAAAGAGGAGGACCUGAAACUGGAGGUCAAGGACAUGUGGGAGGUCAACUCGAGUAAAGGUCAACCUUCAAGUGUCAAAUGUCAGGGGGUCAAAGUUCAUGAGGUCAAGAUUGAAGAGCCCAUAGGUCAGGUGAUGGAAUCAAAAGAUACACCCAGGAAGAGAAGAGUGAAUGAACUCUGGGACUUGGUGUACUAUGCUGUGUCCAGUCACAGAGAGCGUAUGUGGCUGAAGCAGAGGCUGACGGGCAGUAUUGUCCACCCUACUCUUAUGACCAGGAUUGUAGAGUUUGUCCUCUAUGAGGACCCUAUUGAUAUUGAGAUGUUGAGGACAUCGCUCCACCAUCAGGUUGAGAGAGCCGAGUCCAGACUGACUGGCAUCCAAAACAUGCUGACCUUGGUCCACAAGGACUUCCUGAUCCCUUCAGUCAAGUAUAACAUACUGUGUGGAUGGCAGGGCAGCAUUGCAGCAGAGAGGAAGUGCAGUGACAGCAGCAUCAACUGCCUCUCCAACGUGAACCUGAUCCCGCCCUGUGAUAGAAUCCUCCUGGAAAUGAUGUUCUCAGAGCUGAACAAGUGGGUGGUGAAGACCUUGAGGAGUUGUAUCAUAGAGGCUGAUAUGUUCUUCAAGGCACACAGCCUGCCUGCCUCUCAUACCCAGGAUAAUAGCAAGGAGGAUAUAAGUCUUGGUGUCCUACCAGUAGCCAGGUUUCUGUUGGCAACUCUCAGCUUACUUCUCACAGAGCAUCAGGCUAAUGGUAUCAGCAUGCUUAUCAACUCUGGUCUCCUGGCUCUGACACAGAGCUUACUUAGACUGGCAGGCCCAGAUCUGGAGACCAUACCCCAGCAGAGCUGUAACUCUCUGUGUGCUGUGCUGGAGGAGUCCCAGAAACAGAAGCGUACCCAGCCGGUGCCUCUGUCUGGACCAGAGCUGGCGGCCAUGAUGAAAGUAGGCACCAGGGUGAUGCGAGGAGUGGACUGGAAGUGGGGAGAUCAGGAUGGGCCCCCUCCCAGUCUUGGGCGUGUGAUAGGAGAGCUUGGAGAAGAUGGCUGGAUCAGAGUCCAGUGGGACACUGGCAGUACUAAUUCCUACAGAAUGGGGAAGGAAGGGAAGUAUGAUCUGAAGCUGGCUGAGCCUCCACAGAUGUCCACUGAAGAGGAUGAGGAAGAAGAUGAUGAUGUUGUAGCAGAUAAUGAGAGAAGAGAGCGUAAACACCCCACUGCCCUGCUCCGUUGUGUGACCACACAGCUCCUGAAGAGUGUGGCCAUAAUGACCAGCGUCCAUGCGGAGCAGGUCCAGGAGGAGGCCAUCUGUACACUGUGUGGACUGGUCAGAAAUAUUGUGGAGGCCGGGUGUAACAGUGGGCUCAACACUAACUCCACCCAGAUACUAAUUGCCAGAGAGCAGUACUACAGCUGGGGCAGCCUGGGCUUUAUCUCCAGUCUGGCUCACAGUCCCAGUCUGUGUAAGGCCCUCAGUACGCACCCCUGGAUCCAACUUCUGAUUAGAAUACUCACUGAAGACCAGGACCCCUCUGAGCCGAGGAAUUUGCCUAGACAGAUUUUAACACUACGUUUGCUGAGAAGAGUGCUGCCGGCCUGGGACAGUGGAGUGGACAGGUCCAAGAUGACAGAAGUCAUCAGCAGACUGUUUAGUCUUUUGGGACAUGUUUUGAUGACCUGUGAUUCAGAUCCAACCCUCACUACACAGGAUUCUUAUUCCAAGGCCAGUAAAAAGAUAAAGGCCCCCGUUUCUCUGACGGCCUCCUACUCCAGUACAAUAGCCGAGGAGGUGGUGAGUCUUCUACGCUGUCUGCAUGGCCAUGAUGCCUGGAACCCUCACAUCAAUAAGUUUUUAUGCGACCAGUUAGGCACUGUUGCUGAAUUGCUCACUGGGAAACAGGAUACCACAGCCAGUAGUGUGUACAAGUCCAUCUUAGCCGUCUUGGCUGUGAUAGGCGGGGUGGAUGACCGUGUGCGUCUGGGAGGACUGGCCACCUAUGAGGAGUGUGGGUUAGCUACUGUGUCCAGAAUACAUGUCAGAGGGAAGGUGACUCUACAGUUCCAUGACAACAAGGAGAUCAGGACGUUUAAACUUUCUGAGAUUAAACCAAUAAAGUCCAGUCGUUUUCUGGUUGACCAGUUGCCCCUCACAGACAGUCUGUUACAGAUAUGGACCAAACUGGUCACCAUAAUGUCCACCACUAGGGAAAAGGACCACAUGACCAGUUUGCAGGCAUCAACUGGGCCAGCAGAGGGGGCAUCUACUUCUGACAUGGUGCAGCUAAAACUCCUUCAAAUUCAACAGCUGAAACUUGGACUUCUGAAAGCUGCAAUAGCUCUUUUCAGCAAGCAAGAGAACCUACGCAAGAUCCUUCUCCAACCCAUUCCUGUAGACAGUGUAUCUGUUCAAGCCACUUCAGAUGUAGAUGGCAGCACUGAUACUGGUGGCCAAGAAGACACUAGUCCAGAGAUUGAGUCUGGUCCCAAGUUUCUGAUGCAGCAGCUUAUGUUGGCAGCCACCCAACCCUCGCAAGUCAAGGCUGUCUUUUCAAGACAGGAAUUAGAAGCUGCAGCCUUGGCAGUUUGUCAACACUUGACGGCUCAGGCCAACAAUCCAUACAGCAGUCAGAGCCAAGACUCCCUUAUGGCCAGUUCACACCUCAGCGACCUUGGUGCGGCUGCGCCUGCCUCGGUUCUUGACAGCAACACCAAAGCAAACAACGAGCCUGCCCCGCAGGCGCCAAAGUUUACUCAAAAGCCCCAGGAAUCUCAGAUUGUUGCUAGGUUGCAGAAACCUAAGCGUAUAAAGCGGCCUAGGCCUCCUCCUGUGCCCGUUGUGGCUCAGUUGAUGGAGAUGGGGUUCUUAAGGAAAAGGGUGGAGAUGGCAUUGAAAGCUCUAGAAGGGGCCUGUGCCCCAGGUGCAGACACCCCCAGUGCAGAGACCUUGGUGGGCUGGUUACUAGAACACCAUGAUGUCCAGCCCCCCUCCUCCUCCAGUGACUCCGACUCCUCUGUAGACCUGUGUUCUGAUUCUGAGUCCAUGUCUGAUGAGCUGGAGGACCUGGAUGGUGGAUAUGCUGAGGCAGUUGCCAUAGAGCCCCCAUUGCCUGCCACGCCAUACAAACGCAGAUCAGAGUUUGCUAACAAUGACGAGUACGCCAUCUAUCUCAGUGAUCACAUCCAAGUGGGCAUGAUGGUCAGGUGCUGCAGGACAUACGAAGAAGUGCAUGAAGGAGAUAUUGGGAAAGUUAUGAAGCUUGACAGUGAUGGUCUUCAUGACCUGAACAUCCAGGCAGAAUGGCCCAGGAAGGGAGGUCUCUACUGGGUCAGGUACAUCCAUGUAGAACUGCUGGGAUUCAUACCUCCUGGGCAACAGAUACCAGCAGUGACAACAGGAUCAUCAACAGCAGUAGCACUGCCCACAGCCACACAACAACAGAACAUCAAGGUUGGGGACAGAGUCCGAGUCAAGAGGAGCGUGACAACACCAAAGUAUAGAUGGGGUUCUGUCACACAUAACAGUAUAGGAGUUGUCACAGCUAUUAGUGCUAGUGGUAAAGACGUAACAGUAGACUUUCCGCAGCAAAGUCACUGGACAGGACUUAUGGCGGAGAUGGAACUGGUGCCAAGUGCACAUCCUGGUGUCACAUGUGAUGGCUGUGGUCAGUUUCCCAUCAUGGGGCCGAGGUACAAGUGUAAAACAUGCUAUGACUUUGAUUUCUGUGAGAACUGUUUCAGAAGUAAGCGCAGCCACAGGCAUGCCUUCAACAGGAUUGCAGACCCAGGUGGCCCUGCAAUCUAUGCUGGCAAACCCAGUCGUUACCGCAGUAGGUUUAAUGACUCUAACAUCAUUGGGGGCGGCACAUCCGACUCGUACAUCGAUGACUGGCACAGGUGUGUCAAGUACCUGACAGUAUCGUCAAGAGAAAACCAGGCGCACAGACUGAUAGAUGGCUCUGGCGGCUGCUGGCAAAGUUCAGGCUCUCAGGGCAAGCACUGGAUCAAGCUAGAGAUGCAGCCAGACCUGAUCAUCACCAAACUGACCAUGCGAGUGGAGCCGUCAGACUCCAGCUACAUGCCCAGUCUGGUGGUGGUCAGUGCUGGGGACACUGUCCACUCUAUGAAAGAGAUAAGGACAAUACAUGUGGGACAGAUGGACACUACUGUUGUCCUGCUGCAGGACAUGGCAGAGUAUUUCAGAUUCAUUGAACUCUCCAUUAAGCAGUGCCGCAGCAGUGGCAUCGAUUGUAAGAUUCACGGUCUCUCCAUCUCAGGGAGGAUGAGAGCCGAAGAGGAUGACAUGGCUGGAAACUUCCCUUUCCUGGAAUCGGAUGAAGAGGAGGAGGAGCAGACGACAAGCCAGCAGCAGACAAAGAAGGUGAAGCUGUCCAGUAACAAGGAGAUCCAGACUCAUGUAUUUGUGUGGGGACUUAAUGAUAAGGACCAGCUUGGAGGGCCUAAAGGAUCCAAAAUCAAAAUGCCAGCUUUAAAUGAGUUUAACUCUUCCCUGAAGUGUAUCCAGAUAGCAGGGGGAUCCAAGAGUCUCUUCUGUGUAACUCAGGAUGGUAAAGUGUAUGCCUGUGGGGAAGCCACACAUGGCAGACUGGGUCUGGGUAUUACCAGUGGGAAUGUCUCCACUCCAAGACAGCUGGUCUCACUGAGCCAGUAUGUGAUCAAAAAAGUUGCAGUACAUUCAGGUGGUCGGCAUGCUCUUGCUCUAACUGUGGAUGGUAAGGUGUUUUCAUGGGGAGAAGGAGAUGAUGGAAAGCUGGGACACUUCAGUAGGUUCAAUUCUGAUAAACCUAAGCUGAUUGAAGCCUUAAGAUCAAAGCGUGUGCGUGACAUCGCAUGUGGGAGCUCUCACAGUGCGGCCAUUUCAUCUAAUGGAGAUCUGUACACGUGGGGCCUUGGGGAGUAUGGGCGCCUGGGACAUGGUGACAACUUAACACAGCUAAGACCUAAACAGGUGAAGGGUCUGGCUGGGAAGCGGGUGGUGCAGGUCGCCUGUGGAAGCAGAGACGCCCAGACCUUAGCGCUGACUGAUGAAGGUCAUGUGUACUCUUGGGGCGAUGGAGAUUUCGGGAAACUUGGCCGCGGAGGCAGUGAAGGAUGCAGCGUGCCUCGCAUCAUUGAGAGACUGACAGGACUGGGGGUGAUACAGAUAGAGUGUGGGGCGCAGUUCUCACUGGCUUUGACCAAGGAAGGAGAGGUCUGGACAUGGGGCAAGGGGGACUACUUCCGCCUUGGUCAUGGCACAGAUGCCCAUGUGAGAAAACCCCAGCUGGUGGAGGGCCUGAAGGGCAAGAAAAUAGUACAUGUGGCAGUGGGUGCUUUACACUGCCUGGCAGUGCAGGAUCAAGGACAGGUAUAUGCCUGGGGUGACAAUGACCAUGGUCAACAAGGCAAUGGCACCACAACAGUCAACAAGAAGCCCGCUCUGGUCCAUGGACUGGAGGGGUAUAAGAUCACGCGUGUGGCCUGUGGGUCAUCUCACAGUGUGGCCUGGACACUGACCGAUAUGUCUGCACCAUCGUCACAUGAACCGGUCAUGUUUGGGACACCUAGGGAUCCACUGGGGGCAUCUGUUGUGGGUGUUGAGGAUAGUAGUUCCGAGGAAAGCCCAGUGUCACCCACCCCUAACAACGCCAUUGGAAAGAGCAGUGUCCGGCCCUCUCUGACCAAGAUCAUUCUGUCCCAAGAAAGCAGCUAUUCCAAACAGCAAGCCCUCAAACAUAUUCUAACUGCACUGCAGAUUAUGUAUGCAAGAGGUGCUAUAGUGGGAGCACUGACCAAGGAGCCAGACACAGUCAGUGCAGUGCCAGGGCUGGACAACUGGAAGAUGACCACCCCGGCCAGUAUCUCCCCAGUGUCGGCCACUCCUGUGGAGAGCCCUAGGAGUCUCAGUGGGAGUGGGGAGCAGGAGCUACAGACAAUCCAGCAGAUGGCAGCAAUAGCACCCAUAAGGCCAGAGCACCUCCCAUCAUUCCAUGCUUUAGUGGCAGCCAGCCCCACCACCAGUAUACUGGCUGAGACUGUCACCUCAACAGAAGAGGUUGCUGAGCCAGAGGAGACGGACCACUCGACAUCCCACACUGACCUUGACGACUUCACGGCCAAACUGACCGCUAACGAUGCCCGCAUGCUGGUCGAUCUCCUCAAACUAGCCGUGGCUGGGCGUGCUGGUGCUCACGGCAAAGAAGCGCUGUCUGGGGUGCUGAAGGCUCUGGGGAAGACUUACCCACAAGUCCAGGAGAUGUUGCUGGAACUGUGUGUGACUGAACUGGAGGACGUGGCAGCGGAUCGAGAGUCAGUUCGAAAUGCUGCCCAGCCUGUAGUACAGGAGAGCUCACACCCGUACACUGAUGAUACCUCACUCAGUGGCCAUGUGAAGAUACCAGGUGCUGAAGCUUUGAGAGUGGAGUUUGACCGCCAGUGUUCUACAGAGAGGCGUCACGACCCCCUCACUAUCAUGGACGCCUCGGGCAGGACUGUCACUAUCAGAUCAGGACGGGAGUGGUCUGACUGGUCUCAGGAGUUGAGAAUCAACAGCGAAGAACUGAGAUGGAAGUUCACCAGUGAUGGCUCUGUGAACGGCUGGGGAUGGCGCUUCACUGUCUAUCCCAUCAUGCCCUCUGCUGCUGCCCUUGAGCGCCUUUCUGACCGCACGGUGGAGUCCAGGCCCUCCAUUGACCUGGUCACUUGCCUGCUGGACCUCAAGCUGGAGGCCUCUAUGGACAAGACCAUUGUGACCAGACUGGCUGCAGCCCUGGCGGCAUGUGCUCAAUUAAGCUCACUUGGUGCUAGACAAAGAAUGUGGGCUUUACAGAAGCUAAGGGAAUUGAUGACAACAAAUUUUGGUCCAAUGAUCAAUGUCAGUACUUUGAUGCAGGCACCCUGCAGCCCUUUCUCUGAUGGUUUGGAUGAACCAAGGCAAUCAUCUCUGAGUGGAACGGCUCUGGCCUCCCUGGUGAAAGGCCUCCCUGAAGCUCUUCAGAGGCAGUACGAGUAUGAAGACCCCAUUGUCAGGAGUGGGAAACAUCUCAUGCAUAGUUCCUUCUUCAAGGUGCUGGUUGCCCUUGCUUGUGACCUUGGCCUAGAUACUCUGUCUUGUUGCAUUGAAAUGCACAAAUGGUCAUGGUUUCGUCGUUACUGCAUGGCAGCACGUGUUGCAGUGGCCUUACAGCAUCGCACAGCAUUACCGCAACCUUUCUGCGAAGAAGUGCACAAAAAGGUGAUGGAGAUAGCGCCAGACGAUGAGAAGAUACGAGGACAUGAGGACCAUGCGAUAUUCAAGCAAGAGCAGGAUGAGCAGUUGUUGCUGUGGCUCAACAGACACCCUGAUGACUGGACACUGUCCUGGGGAGGAAGUGGUCAGAUCUGGGGCUGGGGCCACAAUCACAGGGGUCAGUUAGGAGGUGUGGAAGGCGCAAAGGUCAAGCUGCCCUCUAGCUGUGAGGCCCUGGCCCAGCUAAGGCCUAUACAAGUAGUGGGAGGAGAGCAGACCUUGUUUGCUGUCACAGCUGAUGGGAAGGUCUAUGCCACAGGCUAUGGUGCAGGAGGAAGGCUGGGUAUUGGAGGUUCAGACUCUGUGGCCAGCCCCACGCUGCUGGAGUCCAUACAGCACGUCUUUAUCACCAAGGUGACCGUGAAUUCUGGCGGGAAACACUGCCUGGCGCUGUCUGCUGAGGGAGAGGUGUAUUCCUGGGGAGAAGGAGAGGAUGGGAAACUUGGACAUGGAAAUAAGAGUCCAUGUGACAGGCCACGUGUGAUAGAAAGCCUGCGAGGCACUGAAGUGGUUGACAUCGCAGCGGGUGGCGCACACUCUGCAUGCAUUACGUCAGGUGGUCAGCUGUACACGUGGGGGAAGGGACGAUAUGGACGUCUUGGUCAUGGGGACAGUGAGGAUCAACUCAAACCCAAACUGGUUGAAGCUCUUCGAGGGUAUUUUGUCCAGGAUGUGGCCUGUGGAAGUGGUGAUGCUCAGACCCUGUGUAUCACCAAUGAUGGCUCAGUCUGGUCCUGGGGAGACGGAGACUAUGGGAAAUUAGGUCGAGGUGGCAGUGAUGGCUGUAAAGUGCCAAUGAAAAUUGACGCCAUGCAUGAAGUUGGUGUGAUAAAGGUAGAGUGUGGGUCCCAGUUCUCAGUGGCUCUCACCUCAACUGGAGCAGUCUAUACUUGGUGA